UCAGGCAAAGAUUUUGUAUGAACAUUCUCGGUUAAAAUUGCAAGCAUGGAGCUAUUGGCAAAAGGCCUUAGCUUGUAGCAAAUUUUGCCCUCUUGCAAGUGCAAGAUGGUGUAUAUAUGUACAUCCUACAGAACCAACUAGGCCUAACAUGUUCUCUUCUCUCCACAGCUUAUGAUCGUUGCUGGAGUGUCCGUUUCCUUCAUAAUCAGGACAGUAUUAGCUUGGAGGGUUUUGGCAUUAAUUGGUCUAAUCCCCUGUGCAGUCCUACUGUUCGGCCUGUUUUUCAUUCCAGAGUCUCCUAGAUGGCUGGCGAAAACGGGCCACAAAAAGGAGUUUGAAGCCGCACUGCAGAAACUCCGUGGAAAGGAUGCAGAUAUUUCUGAAGAGGCUGCUGAAAUACAAGACUACAUCAAAACUCUUCAACUGCUCCCAAAAGCCAGCAUUCUCGAUUUAUUUAGGAGAAGAUAUCUGAGCUCUGUCAUCAUUGGUGUUGGAUUGAUGGUCGUCCAGCAGUUCGGAGGGAUAAACGGUGUCUGUUUCUAUACAAGCAAUAUUUUCGAGGAAGCAGGUUUCUCCUCCAGCGUUGGAACCAUAACUUAUGCAAUCCUCCAGGUUAUUGUCACGGCUAUUGGCGCUGCACUGGUCGAUAGAGCUGGAAGAAAGCCCCUUCUCUUGAUCUCGGGGACAGGAUUGGUCCUAGGAUGCAUAGUAACUGCCCUUUCAUUCUUUCUAAAGGUUCAUGAUCUGGCAGCUGAUGCUGUCCCGAUACUUGCCGUCACCGGCAUUCUGCUAUACAUAGCAGCAUUUUCCGCUGGAAUGGGCGCCGUUCCUUGGGUCGUGAUGUCCAAGGUAAUCCUAAACAUCCCCCGAAUGUUUCAAAAAAAAUUUCCGAUCAUGUAA